AGCGCAAUCUUUAUGAAGACAGUCCAUUUUCCAAAGAGCCCCACUCUACAGUAGAAGCAGAAAUAAUAACAAUGUACUUUACAUUUUGUGCACUCGAUUUUACAGCUGGUGGUAACUCUCUUUUUAAAUAAUCUGGCGCCACCUAUCACUAAUUGGAUUUACAAAAAAAUGCAGUUAAGUACUGUACUUUCCUUGCACUGGUACGGACGGGAAAUCUUCCUUGGUUUGCUCCGCAUGAACGUCAGCACGAAUGGUAAAACGGAGAAGGUUGUUUUUGGCCAUGCCUUGUACAGCUUGACGAGAAAGUCAGCUUCACACCGUUGCCUUGAAACUGAAAAGAAGUACAAUUAUUUCUCAGCAGUUUCAAUUUAAAAUGCAUAGGAAAUUAUUUCUGUUUCUAUAUUAAGUAUCUGCUCGAAUAGCUGUGCCGUUUGCUUUAUUGUUGGUAUCUGAGGCAAAAGUAUUUUGAAGAUGAUAUUUAAGGAACACUAAUUCAGCCGUGCAAUGCACAGUAUUGCCUGUUAUUUACAAAGUAAGAAAUGUUAAGCUCCCGAAUUAAUCUUUCAUCGGGGCAAGUGGAAGAAAAGAAUGGGAGCUAACAGUUCAUCAAAGAGACCGGUCUUCGACGAAAAGGAAGACGUUACUUUUGACCAUUUCCAAAUACUCCGAGCCAUUGGGAAAGGGAGCUUCGGCAAGGUGUGCAUCGUACAGAAGAGAGACACAGAGAAGAUGUACGCCAUGAAGUAUAUGAACAAACAGCAGUGCAUAGAGAGAGACGAGGUCCGAAACGUCUUUAGAGAGCUAGAGAUCCUACAGGAAAUUGAACAUGUUUUUUUAGUAAACCUCUGGUAUUCCUUCCAAGAUGAAGAAGAUAUGUUUAUGGUGGUGGACUUACUUUUGGGUGGAGAUCUGCGCUACCAUCUAAGGCAAAACGUUCAGUUCACAGAGGAAGCAGUGAAGCUCUACCUUUGUGAGAUGAGUCUGGCACUUGACUACCUGCAGACUCAGAAUAUUAUCCACAGGGAUGUUAAACCAGACAACAUCCUACUGGAUGAACAAGGGCAUGCUCAUCUUACAGACUUCAAUGUUGCAACAAUUAUAAAGGAUGGGGAGAGGGCCACUGCCAUGGCUGGAACCAAGCCUUAUAUGGCCCCAGAAAUAUUCCAGUCCUUUAUGACAGGGGGAGCUGGCUAUGCCUUUCAGGUGGAUUGGUGGUCACUAGGAGUCACUGUUUUUGAAAUCUUCAGGGGAUGGAGGCCCUAUGAAAUCCAUUCCAGUAACUCAGUGGAGUCUCUUAUCCAGUUGUUCAGCACAGUGAGUGUGCAGUACUGCCCUGCCUGGCCUAAAGGUCUUGUGGCUCUGAUGAGGAAGCUGCUGACUGUCAACCCCGAGCAUCGUUACUCCUGCCUCUCCCACAUGCAAGCAUCACCUUACCUGCUAGAUGUCAACUGGGACGCUGUUUAUGAGAAGAAGGUGGAGCCAGGGUUUGUACCUAAUAAAGGUCGUCUGCACUGCGAUCCAACUUUUGAGCUAGAGGAAAUGAUUCUGGAAUCCCGACCUCUUCACAAAAAGAAAAAGCGUCUCGCCAAGAACAGGUCUCGAGAUAACAGUAAAGACUCCCAGUCUGAGAGUGACUAUCUUCAAGAGUAUCUCGAAGUAGUGCAGCAAGAGUUUAAGAUCUUCAACAGAGAGAAAUUGAAAAAGAGCCAGGAGGAGAGCCUUUUGUCCAGAGGGGAAGGUGAGGUAGAAGCUACUGAUAAGGCAGAGCAAGGCAUGGAGGAUGAGACAGAACCAGAGACAUCAGCCCUAAACAUGUGUCGCUCUAUCUGUUCAUCUUCUGGAAGUUGCUAGCACCACCUAGUGGAGAUGUAAUGCUUAAACUCAAUCCUCUGAUAUGUUGCACUAUACUGACAAAAUGUAUAGAUACCUGUAGCUUCUAGUUUGUAGCUAUGAUGGGAGAGUCCUUCUAACACAGUUCAUUUCUCCAUUGCUGUAGCACCAACACGUAUGACUUUAGGAAAUUCCUACUGGUCCUGCUUUCUUUUCUGUAGAAUAGGCUAAGAUCUCUAUGCAAUAUUAAGCAUGAAUAAUGACUUAAUCUUGGUGGAAUGGCUAUUAAACCCAUCAAAGUAUGAGCAUGAUAACACAGUAUAUGUAUAAGAAGCUUUCUGGGUUUCAACAUUAACAUGUAUUCUUUUCAUUCUGCUACAAUUUCCUUGGUAAAUAGUAUAAGUCUGUUUAAUUAUGGCAGCUAAAUGCUGAAAUAUUUGUUGACAUUUUACAAUUUUAUGAUAUUCUAUCAUUAUACAGUACAUUCAGUACUAUUUGAAUUUCUUUUGCAAAAACAUGUAAGAAAUAUAGAUUUAACUCAUUGGACUUUCUGGUGUAACAAGGGCAUAUUCAAGUGAUAAUAGAAUGUAAACUUAAGGAACCUCACCUGUCAUUAAAUAUUGUUAUAUUAACUGUUAUUAGAACUAUUUAAAUCUUAAUUUCUAACAACAGCUGCAAUUAAUCACACAAUCUGCUGCUAACGUUUAAAUGAGAAAGUACCAUUUGGCCCUCUAUAUUGAAUAGGCACCUCGUGAAACUUGAUAGAACACUAAAAUAUAUGAUUUCAUUUUGCCAUUUUAGUUCCAUAUAGAUUAAAUCUAUAGCAAUUUAGUAGUGUGUGAGAAAGAAUACAUGAUGACUGUUUAACAUACAUACGUGUAAAUAUUAUUAACAGUGUAACGCCUUCACCACAGUUAUAUGUGGAAUUUACCAAAACUGUUAUAUAGUGUUUUCAUACAGAGUUUUGUGUUUUUUUUCCAGGUGUAUAGGCAAGAAAAAAUGUGUUUCUUGUUUGUCACAAAAAUGCUUUACACAAUAUCAUAUUUACAUUUUGUAAACAACUUGUUUAAUAUGGAUUUGAUAUGAAUGUUUGACAAAAAUGUCAAAAUUCAUAAAUAUCAAUAUAAUACAGUUAGCUAAAUCAAAUAAUCUGGAGGAUUAUUUGACUCAGUUGAUCUUUUCGAUAAUAUCCUGUUGAAUUGUAUGCAUCAGUAUUUGUAAUGACUGAAAGCCUUUUGGUCCAUCGGUGUCAACAUUACGCAGUAAUAAUAUUCAGUUGCUGUACUCUGGUUAAAAAACAAUGAUGUAUACCAUUAAUUUAGCAGUGGCAUCUUCCAUAUUUAAAAUAGAACUCAAUGUACAGUACAUAAUGAAUAGUUUCACUACAUACAUGUAUUUUAAUAUGAAUAUCUGAACAAUGGCUUUGUAAAAAUGGUCUGCAAAGGAUAUGUAUGUAUAUUUAAAUAAGGUUUGCAAGGUAUAACAUUAAGUAUCGAUGGGCAUGUAUUGAAUUAAAGUCUUCAAAAACGGUUUUUGGCUUGCUAUAUAUAUACAUAUAUAUAUAGCAUCAUCUUUGACAUGAAAUCAUCUAUUUAAAUUACAUUGUAGAAAGACAAUUAACAUCAUUAAAUAUAUUCAUGCACUUCAUAUUUUUCAUACUACUUUAAAAGCGGCAUUUUCCAGUUACCUUUUCAUUAUGAAUGCACUUGCAAGUUUUUUGUGUAUUUAAACGUACUGGUAAGCUAAAAAUAAACUUUCCUAUUACA